UUAUUUUGUGGUGAUUGGUAAUUUUUUAUUUUCAAAUUUCGCGCGCAAUUGGAACAUUGGCGUUUUUAAUAUUUCGCUCUUGAACGCAUAUUUACUAAUAGUAAUUAUCUUACGUAGUAACAAAUUACAUAAAAUAAAUUAAAACAGCAUUUUACGUUAUUUACAUUCACAUAGCGAUACUGAUUACUUUCUAUCAGGAAUUACAUAGGUAAUUAUUAAAUUACUGAACGUAGGAAAAAGACAUCAUGGUUUGAAACCUCAGUUUGAUACACUCGCGCUCUUUAGGGUAGCCAAUAAAAAAUCACAAAAUUCGAAACAUUUUGGCUGAUAUUGCCUGCAUUACAAUAAUUAGAUUUUUUAGUUUUAACAAUCUUAUUGUGUGGGAAAUGAUUUAAAAUAUCUCAAUUUAUAUUAACAUGGCUAAUUAUUACAGAAAAGCUUUGAAAACAUUGAAUUACAGAUUCAAGUAUUUGAUUUACAGUUGUAGUUUUCAAAAUGCGAAACGGUUGGCAACAUUAUUGUUCGCUUGUUUGAGGUUUGAGCUUGAACGAAAUUGUGAAGUGCUAAUCGUGAAUUGUUAAUUUUUAUCAUUAAAAUGAAAUAAAUUAAUAUAACUUAAUGAAUUAGUAACAAGAGCAGCAAAGGUACUUAUAGUGAUUUAAAGAAGAUAGUAGCAUUCAGUGUUAUUUGCGGUGUUUCGCACUUUCAUUUUCACAUAGUUACAAAAUAUUGCAAAAUGACUUCUGCACUUUAUUUAGAGCAUUAUUUGGAUAGUCUUCAGCAUUUACCGAUAGAAUUGCAGAGAAACUUUAAAUUAAUGCGUGAUCUAGAUGACCGUGCACACGGACUAAUGAGGACGAUUGACCUUAUGGCUGACGAAUUAUUACCAAAUAUUCCUAAAAUGGACGAAGAGACUAAGAAGGAAAAGGUAAACACCAUACAAGGCCUGUUUAACAAGGCAAAGGAGUACGGAGACGAUAAAGUGCAACUUGCGAUACAAACAUACGAGUUGGUUGACAAGCAUAUUCGUCGCCUUGACUCUGACCUCGCGCGGUUCGAGUCGGAGAUACAGGAGAAAGUCAUGAGCGCACGUGCGGCGCAGCAAGCAGCCGCCGACCAGGAAACGAGUGCUACCACUGUGAAGAAAGGAAGGAAAAAGAGCAAAAUCAACGACAAGACGGCUGCGACGACUGGCAAGAAGAAGCGCGCUGGAGCGUCAAGCGAAGAUGACGCGGCCGCAUCUGGUAGGUCGGCUGCGAAGAAGAAGGCUGUACGCAAGGGCGCGACAGCCACAGCCAACACUUCCAAGGAAAAUGAAGAAAGUGCCGACUUAGAUUCUGUGGCAGGAAUGGCACACCCAAGUGAUGUGCUUGACAUGCCUGUGGACCCCAACGAGCCAACAUACUGCCUUUGUCACCAAGUUUCAUAUGGUGAAAUGAUAGGCUGUGACAACCCUGACUGCCCUAUUGAAUGGUUCCACUUUGCAUGCGUAGAUCUUAAAAUCAAGCCAAAAGGUAAAUGGUACUGCCCUAAGUGUACCCAGGAUAGAAAGAAAAAAUGAUCUACGGUUAAGCCUCCUGCCAAGCAGACAGAAAAGACUGUUAAUGUUAAAAAGGAAGUGAAAUGACUGUCUUAGUUCUAAGCUAGAAUAAUAUAUUAUUUAUAAUAUAUAGCUACAAAACAUCAAGUGUGUAGAUAUUAUAACUAUAAUAUCUUUACAAUAUAAAGCAUAUGGAAACAAUUCUAUAAAACUUGAAAUGCAUGUGCAAUAAUUGUGAAAGUUUAAUCAUAAUAAAAAAAUGUAUUGUUGUGUCACAAUGUUGUGAUAGCAGAGUAUAUAAUGAAAAUGUUGUAUUACUUGCAUAACUGUAACUAUAUAGCUAUAUGAAAUGUGUUGUGUUAACAUACAUGAGGCAUGCAAUCUCUAACAAAUGUUGAAUAUGUCAUUUCAAGAGUAAUAUAAAACAAAAAAUAUACACUGGCACAAAAUAAAUAGUGUUCAAUUAUAUUGUUAAAGUAGCUGCUCUGUAAUUUAUUGGUUAUAAAUUUAAUAUAUAAAAUGCUAGGAACAAUAAUAGCAGCUUAUAAUAUUAAGAAUAAUCUUAUGAUGUUAUCAUAAUAUGCCUUAUUUAGCAUUUAUUUAUAAAUGGUAUAAUGACGCAGUCAUAGUUAUAGAGGUUUUUGUAUGUUUUAGGCCUAGUUAGGAGAUUAAUUGUACAUAAUAUGAAACAGUUGGAGAUGGAACUCCUUGGUUUUAUAACUUAGGUGAUUUACAUGGGGUAACCUUUCAUAUUAAGUGGCAAAACAAUUACUGCAUUUAAAACUUGAGCACAACUAACAUCUCAUCACAUAAGGCCUGUCAAUUUAAAUUUAAAAAUCAUCAGUUUUGUGACAAAUUUUUGUGUUGCUCAUCUUUCAGAAACCUGAAGCUUAGUAAUGAAUUUGAAAUGACUUGGUCACAUGGUCUGCUGCUCAAUGUAAAUCAGCCUAUGUACCUUUCACCACACAAAAUCUAUAACAAUUUAACAUGUUUUAUACAUUUGUAUAAAAAACAGCUUUUAUAACUAGUUGCCUGCAUAUACAAAUAGUCUGAAUACCUUCUAAACUAACUGUUAAAUAUAGUUAAGUGAUAGUAAAUUAAGAAUGAUUGUCCACAAAAUAAUAGGAACAGAGCGGGUUACGAAAAGAAAAUAUGAAUAGUUAAUAAUAUAUCAUUUCCUUAAUAAAAGCAAUAAUUAAAAUAUAUAUAAAUACUAUA